AUGGCUCCAGCAGCAUCCAACCAGGCCAACAACACGCCGGCCAAGAAGACUACCGUCCCAGAGAAGAAAUACAAAUGCCAAUUCUGCAAUCGUGCAUUCAGCAGAAGUGAACAUCGUAGUAGACAUGAACGCUCACAUACCAAAGAGAGACCCUUUAAAUGUUUGAAAUGCCGGAGUACAUUCGUUCGUCGAGAUCUUCUCCUCCGCCAUGAUCGUACUGUUCACGCCAAAGAUGGUGGGAUACCUCUUGUUGCUGAGGGACGGCGUCGUGGAGGCGCAGGUGUUCAGAAGUCCUCCCCUGCACCUGCUCCAUCCAAACCCUCGAUCACAAUUGAUCCUACUACAUUAGAACAGCUUGAAGCAAGCAGUGACGGUAUGGUCGACCUUGAAGCCGCAGCCAUGUUGAUGACAGAUUUCCAACAUAAGGCCGCAGCCGCCGCUACUGGUCAGGUCCACGAUCGUGCCGAAUCCGACCGCUCUUUUUCGCCCGGUCGGGGAUCGUUAAUGGAACCUUCCUCCGCAUAUCUGUCGGGCAACGCGACUCUUCCUCAAAUGCCCUGGGAUACAUUGGUUUCUCCUGCCGACAUGAAGCACCAUAUGAUGAACCCUACAUUCGUCAGCCAAGGCAAUGCAUCGGACUUGCGUCAGCUGCCAAACGUACUGGAUCGAGGCGACACUCUGGCGCCUUCGCUCCACUCCCUUGUCAGCUCGCUUCCGAUGUCCGGAAAUUCCACACCUAACGCGCUCUCACCGUUCCCCUCAAUGACAGGCCCUGUCAGUCCCGUAAACUACCGGAGGUCCCCUGGACCUAGCCAGGCUCUGACACUGCCCAAGGCCCCCCAGAUCGCGAACGAUAUGGAGCGGAAUAUGAUUGUGGAGCGCAUCAGAAAUGCCGACUCCUUGGGUGCGCUUCCCGAGACUUUCCAGCUUCCCUCGACUGCUGCUCUGAAUAGGUACCUAACAACGUACUUCAACCUGUACCAUCACCAUCUACCAUUCUUGCAUCAGGAGUCGUUCAAGCCCACUAUGGCUUCGCCUCCGCUCUUACUGGCCGUGCUUUCCAUUGGUGCUCUGUACACGUUCGAGCGCGAACACGCAUUCAUGCUCCACGUCGGAUCCAAGAUGCUCGUGAACCAAUUCUUGCAACACAAGGAGAAUUUCGAUUCGAGAAAAUGUCCAUUGUGGUCCAUGCAAAGCACUCUGUUGAACAUGAUUUUUGAGAGCUGGAGUGGUGAUCCCAAAGGUCUUGAGUGGACCUGCUCGAUCAAGAGCUUGCUCGCCAACAUGGUUGCUGGAAACCGUUAUCAAUUGAAGGUCAGAACGGAAGCUCGCGAGGGUCGUCAACCAACUAGAGACGAAUGGAUCGAGGACGAGUCCUGCCGUCGAACUUACUACGCCGUCUACAUCUUCUUCGGCAUGCUCACUCUGACAUUCAACCACACCCCAGCAAUGAGCUUCGACGAAUUCGACAAUCUCGAGCUGCCGUCCUCUGAGUCGAUGUGGAACCUGGACGUCAAUGACGACGAGGCCUGGCGUCGUAGCCUGUCCUCUGCCAGCACGCUUACCGUCCGGGAAGCUCACGACUGUCUUUUCCAGGGUGAACAGACGCGUUACAGUGCCUUUGCCACUCGUGUCUUGAUUAAUGCCCUUUUCUUGCAGGUGUGGAAUCACAAGAGGACCUUUGAGGCUCUUCAGGAUGUGGUCACUGAGUACAAACUCCGCCUUGCGCUGGAGACAUGGGAGAGUUCUCUGGAAGUUUGCGAACCAGAGACGAUCGUCGUGCCUCUGAGCACGCCUCAGAACGGACACCCGUUGAUCUUCAACUCGAUGGCUGUCUAUCGUAACACGCGUGCUCGCCUAGAGGUUGACCUCAAGUCAAUCCAGGAAGCCUUGCGCUACCAUUCUUCCUACGAGGUUGCUGCUGCGAUGACAGUGGCCCGUGAGAAGGUGAAGCGGUCUGGGGAGAUGAACAAGGUGAUCCAGUCAUGUUUCGAGUGCAUCGAGAUUGCAGCAGUCCAAGGCAUUAAUUGGGUUGCCAAAACGUCGGCAACAAAUUGGAGUGUCGAGCAUCCGCUCUGCGGCUUGGAUCUGAUGGUCAUCCUCAGUCUCUGGCUUUAUCGCCUGGAACAUGACGAAGAGCCGGCGACUGAGGCUGAGCUGGCGAUCUACAACAAGGUCCGGAAUCUGUUUGAUGACGACGCCGUUGACGCUUUUGGUAAACUCAGCUCCACCGUGGCCCGUGUAUGGGGUAACAUCCUGGACGGCGUGGUAGUCUGGGGAAUCACCAAGCUCAUGGGCGAAUCGUUCAAACUUCAUGCUCAAGCCUUGAUCGGCUAUGAAGACUCGUUGCGCGUUGCCAAGGAUCAGCCGAUUCACCCAAUGCCGACCAAGACACUCGCUAGUGUCGGGACUGCCUACUAG